UCCAUCCCGCCCCCCGCCGCCAUUUUCCAUGUUGUUCUGUUUUCGCAGGCAAUACCUUGUUAAUUUUGAAUGCUACAGUAAAAUUUCUGUUAUUUAAUUUCGAGCUUCUCCACUUUAGUGCAGGGGGAUUCUGUCUCCGGAUUCUGCCUAGGAGACGCGCUUUGUUUUGGCAGCCAUGUACAUCAAACAGGUCAUUAUUCAGGGAUUCCGAAGUUACAGGGAUCAAACUGUUGUGGACCCUUUUAGUCCCAAGCACAAUGUGAUUGUUGGCAGAAAUGGAUCAGGAAAAAGUAACUUUUUCUACGCCAUCCAGUUUGUCCUCAGCGAUGAAUUCAGCCACCUACGACCAGAACAGCGUCUGGCUCUUCUUCAUGAAGGAACUGGGCCACGUGUCAUUUCAGCUUUUGUGGAGAUCAUAUUUGACAACUCCGACAAUCGACUACCGAUUGACAAAGAGGAGGUCUCCCUUCGUCGUGUCAUUGGUGCAAAAAAAGACCAGUACUUCUUAGACAAGAAGAUGGUGACUAAAAAUGACGUCAUGAAUCUUCUGGAGAGUGCCGGCUUCUCUCGCAGUAACCCUUACUACAUUGUCAAGCAGGGAAAGAUCAACCAAAUGGCCACAGCUCCUGACUCCCAGCGUCUGAAGCUUCUGAGAGAGGUGGCAGGAACACGGGUGUAUGAUGAACGAAAGGAGGAGAGCAUUUCUCUCAUGAAGGAGACUGAGGGGAAGCGAGAGAAGAUCAACGAGCUCUUAAAGUAUAUUGAGGAGCGUCUGCAUACCCUGGAAGAUGAAAAGGAAGAGCUGGCUCAGUACCAGAAGUGGGACAAGAUGAGAAGAGCUCUGGAGUACACCAUUUACAACCAGGAGCUGAACGAAACGCGCGCUAAACUGGACGAGUUGUCCUCCAAGAGAGAAACCUGUGGAGACAAAUCCAGACAGCUGCGUGAUGCUCAGCAAGACGCCCGGGACAAAGUAGAGGAGACGGAGCGUGUUGUGCGCGAGCUGAAGUCCAAGGUCUCGGCAAUGAAGGAGGAGAGAGAGCAGCUGUCAGCUGAGCGCCAGGAGCAAAUCAAGCAGAGGACCAAGCUGGAGCUGAAGGCCAAGGACCUGCAGGAUGAGCUGGCAGGCAACAGUGAACAGAGGAAACGCCUGCUGAAAGAGCGUCAGAAGUUGCUGGAGAAAAUCGAGGAGAAACAAAAAGAGCUGCAGGAGACUGAACCCAAAUUCAACAUGGUGAAGGAAAAAGAGGAGCGGGGCAUAUCCAGACUGGCUCAAGCUACUCAAGAGAGGACUGACCUGUACGCCAAGCAGGGUCGUGGCAGCCAGUUCACCUCCAAAGAAGAAAGGGACAAGUGGAUCAAGAAAGAGCUGAAGUCUCUGGACCAGGCCAUCAAUGACAAAAAGAGGCAGAUCGCAGCAAUCCACAAAGACCUGGAGGACACGGAGAUGAACAAGGAGAAGAACCUCGAGCAGUACAGCAAACUCGAUCAAGAUUUAAAUGAGGUUAAGACCCGUGUAGAGGAGCUGGACAAGAAGUACUACGAAGUGAAGAACAAGAAAGACGAACUCCAAAGCGAAAGAAACUACCUGUGGCGCGAGGAGAACGCAGAGCAGCAGGCCUUGGCAGCCAAACGAGAGGACCUGGAGAAGAAACAGCAGCUCCUUAGAGCAGCUACAGGCAAGGCCAUUCUCAAUGGUAUCGACAGCAUUAACAAAGUCCUGGAGCAUUUCAGGCGGAAAGGAAUCAACCAGCAUGUUAUCAAUGGCUACCAUGGCAUUGUCAUGAAUAAUUUUGAGUGCGAGCCUGCUUUUUACACCUGUGUGGAGGUGACUGCUGGAACUAGACUGUUUUACCACAUUGUGGAGACUGAUGAAGUGAGCACUAAAAUCCUCAUGGAGUUCAACAAAAUGAACCUGCCUGGAGAAGUCACUUUCCUUCCUCUCAGCAAGCUGGAUGUCCGAGACACGGCCUAUCCAGAAACCAACGAUGCCAUCCCUAUGAUCAGCAAGCUGCGCUACAGUCCCAACUUUGACAAGGCGUUCAAGCACGUGUUUGGGAAGACCCUAAUUUGUCGCAGCAUGGAGGUUUCCACCCAGCUGGCACGAGCUUUCACUAUGGACUGUAUAACUCUGGAGGGUGACCAGGUGAGCCACCGUGGAGCUCUGACAGGAGGCUACUACGACACCAGAAAGUCUCGCCUGGAGCUCCAGAAAGACAUGAGGAAGGCUGAGGAAGAGCUGGCUGAACUGGAGGCCAAACUCAACGAGAACCUACGCAGGAACAUUGAACGCAUCAACAAUGAGAUUGACCAACUGAUGAACCAGAUGCAGCAGAUUGAGACACAACAGAGGAAGUUUAAGGCCUCCAGAGACAGUAUUCUGUCAGAGAUGAAGAUGCUGAAGGAGAAGAGGCAGCAGUCAGAGAAGACAUUCAUGCCUAAGCAACGCAGUCUCCAAAGUUUGGAGGCCAGCCUUCAUGCCAUGGAGUCCACCAGGGAGUCACUGAAGGCCGAGCUGGGUACAGAUCUUCUCUCUCAGCUCAGUCUUGAGGACCAGAGACGUGUUGACGACCUCAACGAUGAGAUUCGUCAGCUACAGCAGGACAACAGGCAGUUGUUGAAUGAGAGAAUCAAGCUGGAGGGAAUCAUGACCAGAGUGGAAACUUAUCUCAAUGAAAACUUACGGAAACGUCUUGACCAAGUGGAGCAGGAGCUAAACGAGCUGCGAGAAACUGAGGGUGGCACGGUGCUCACAGCUACAACGUCUGAGCUGGACGGCAUCAACAAACGUGUUAAAGACACUUUGGCUCGAUCAGAAGCUCUUCAGAAAGUUGGAGCAGUGCAACACGGAGCUGAAGAAGUACAGCCACGUCAACAAGAAAGCUCUGGACCAGUUUGUCAACUUCUCCGAGCAGAAGGAGAAGCUGAUUAAGCGUCAGGACGAACUCGACCGUGGCUACAAAUCCAUCAUGGAGCUCAUGAACGUCCUGGAGCUGCGCAAAUAUGAGGCCAUCCAGCUCACAUUCAAACAGGUGUCAAAGAACUUCAGCGAGGUUUUCCAGAAGCUGGUGCCAGGAGGCAAAGCUACGCUGGUGAUGAAAAAGGGUGAUGCUGAAGGCAGCCAGUCCCAGGAUGAAGGAGAGGGGGGUACAGAUAGCGAGCGGGGUUCUGGUUCACAGAGCAGCGUUCCCUCAGUGGACCAGUUCACUGGAGUCGGCAUCAGAGUGUCCUUCACUGGGAAGCAGGGUGAGAUGAGGGAGAUGCAGCAGCUGUCAGGAGGCCAGAAGUCUCUGGUAGCUCUGGCUCUGAUAUUCGCCAUCCAGAAGUGUGACCCCGCUCCUUUCUACCUGUUCGAUGAGAUCGAUCAGGCCCUCGACGCUCAGCACAGGAAGGCUGUCUCAGACAUGAUUGUCGAGCUGGCGGGCCACGCUCAGUUCAUCACCACCACCUUCAGACCUGAGCUGCUCGAGUCUGCAGACAAGUUCUACGGCGUCAAAUUCAGGAACAAGGUGAGUCACAUCGAUGUGAUCACAGCGGAGCAGGCCAAAGACUUUGUGGAAGAUGACACCACCCACGGUUAAAACUCUUCCUCCUCCAGGCUUUUUCAGCCAACCGCUGGAAGCCUCCGACAUCGAAGGUCACAGAAACAAAAAAUCCCUCUCGGCCUUUCGGAACAAAACCGAACGUGAAGUUUAAAUCUAUGAUUGGACUCCUGAAGGCCGCUGAAAACAGAAAUCUGAGUAUGGGUUUUAUUCAAACGAUGCCUCAGUCACACUGGAUUUUAUGAGUUCAUAAAGUUGAAAUACAUUUAAAACAUGCAUCUCAACAGCAACCUUUAGGCUGAGCUUUGGUCUGAUCUAGAAACCAUCGGAGGCAGAACAUUUAAGGAUCUGAACAGAUCCUCUUCUGUACAGUUGAACCAGUUUUGAUAUGACUUGGCUAAAAAAGAAAAGUUGAAACGAUGAGUUUGUUUCUCUGUGAGUUGUUUAGAGGGAGAUCAGUUUGUUUUUUGUAGCCAGAAACAGAAGAUUAACACGAGUUCAUUUUUACUGAGGUUUUUGUAAAGUAUCCUCCUCAGAUUCCUAAAACACCUUGUAUUUCUCACUUCCUGUACUUCAAGGUUAUUCCUUCUUCCUGUUGUUACUGUGUUAUUCUGGGUUGCAGCUUCACAACAUGUUGAUGUUUCUGUUGUCUGUUGAAGCAGUUUAAACAUCUUUUUGUCAGAAAUUGAACUUAUGUUAUGCUCAGUUUCCAAUCUGAUUUUAAAUGUCUUGUUUUCUUUUUAUGUAAUUAAAUAAAAACCUUAAUAAAUGGUUUUGGAAUA